CCCUCUGAAGACAAAUCUACUGAAACCCCGGGAUGAAUUAAAUGAGAGAAAAAUGCAUCCACUGGCUGCCUGCUAAGCUCCACUCCGGACUUCUCCCGAGCCCUCAGCGGGCCCAGCUGCCCAGCUGCGUGGACCAAAGCGUGCUGGCGUCCCCUCCCACGGCUGGCACCCGACCCACGUCAAGGACACACUGGCUCGGGGGCCGUGAGUAUCCGGCUAGGACACGAGUGAUCAUAUGGACACUACGGCAGCCACCAGCCCAGCCCCGGCCGGCUCUCUGCUGAGCGAGCGCAUGGAGUUGAAGAAUGGCACCAACUCCACCAGGGCCCUGUGGCUGCCGGACGGGACCAGCGCUGCCUGGUACAUCCUCACCAUCAUUGGUAUCUACAGCGUCAUCAUCCUCUUCCGGCUGGCCAGCAACAUCCUCGGGAAACACGACAAGGUCUCCGAAGAUGCUUAUCAUUCCAAUCUGACCUCCGAACUCACAAGGAAAGAGCGCGGCAGCAGGGUGAGCGAAUGCUCCUCGCUGACCAUCAGCAACACCAUCUGGGCAGCAACGGCUGCCCUGCAGCCCAGCCCGGCCGGCCCCAGCACGGCCACUCAGGGCACCCCGGGAAAGAUCGUUCCUUCUCCAGAACAGUUUACAGAGAAGAUGGGACAGUGUGGCCCCAGCUGCCGCCCUGAGAGAGCUCAUGAGGUCCUGCAGGUGAACGGGGCUUGA